AUGUACAUAAAAUCCAUAUUUCCAACCUUUGUUCAGCAACCUACUCAACCGGCUUCACUCAAGAGGGAUCGACCAGAAGAUGACGAAUACGGGAUCCCUACGAAGCGUGUCGCUGAGGACGCCGAUUUGACUCUUGGCAAUCCGUACAUGGACGAUAAUGAGACUGUCAACGAGAAGUAUCCGAUUCCGGAAUCGGCUGUUGGAAUCGUCAUCGGACGUGGUGGUUCUGAAAUUCAAGGUAUCCAGGCUAAGGCUGGAUGUCGUGUCCAAAUGUCGUCGGACAACGACAAUUCUGGAGUAAGACAAGUGACUCUUGAAGGAUCUCGUGCCAAUGUUGAGGCUGCGAAAGUCCUCAUCAAUGAGGUUGUCGCUCGUUCCCAGACUCCUCGUCCCCAAUAUGGAUUCCCACGGGCUCAGAACACGAUUGACAUUCCAAUUCCACCAAACCGGUGCGGCUUGAUCAUUGGCAAAGCCGGAGAAACUAUCAGACAGCUUCAGGAGAAAAGUGGCUGCAAGAUGAUUCUUGUUCAAGAAAACCAAUCUAUCAGUGACCAAGCGAAACCACUUCGUAUCACUGGAGACCCACAGAAAAUUGAAAUUGCCAAGCAAUUAGUCGCUGAUAUUCUGAACAGCGGAGGAGAUGGAAACGGUGGAAGUGGUCUCCAAAUGCAUCAUCAAGGAGGAGGUGGUGGCGGUGGAGCAUCUGCUCGUGGAGAGGUCGUCGUGCCAAGAUCUUCCGUUGGAAUUAUCAUCGGCAAACAAGGUGACACUAUCAAACGUCUUGCAAUGGAGACUGGAACGAAGAUCCAGUUCAAGCCUGAUGACGAUCCGACGACAGAGGAGAGAACAGCUAUUGUUAUGGGAACUCGUGAGCAAAUCUAUCGUGCCACUGAGCGAAUAACCGAGUUAGUGAGAAAGAGCACUCAACAACAAGGAGGAGGAAAUAUGGGUGGCGGUGUUGCAAAUGAUGCAUCGACUUUCUUCAUGUCGGUUCCAGCCGCCAAAUGCGGCCUUGUAAUCGGAAAAGGAGGAGAAACUAUCAAACAGAUCAAUGCUGAAAGUGGCGCACACUGUGAGCUCUCGCGUGACGCUAACGCAAGUCCCGAUGAGAAAGUGUUCGUUAUUAAAGGAGGACGGAGACAAAUUGAGCACGCUAAGCACUUGAUUCGCAUCAAAGUCGGAGACAUUCCCCCGAAUACUCCAUUCCGUGAUGACUCGGCGAUGUCCAUGCAACCUCAAUUCAAUGCCCCCGCACAGGCUGCCUACGGAGGACAGCAACAGUGGAAUCCUGCCGCUGCUCAAAUUCCAGCUGCCACUCAGAAUCCGUAUCAAGUUCAAGGAGGAGGAGGUUGGGCACAGAACCAAGUCUUCGCUCAACAACAAGUUGCAGCCGCCGCUGUCGCUGCUGCUCCCUAUGCGUCUGCAGGAAUCAUCCCUGCACAAGCUCAACAAGUUGCCUACCAGCAACCCCAAGUCGUCCAACAACAACCACAAGCAGCGGCUGCUACUGUCACUCCAUCUGUGGAUCCAGUUACAGGAGAACAAGAUUACUCUGCUCAAUGGAUGGAAUACUACAAGUCCAUUGGUGCUCACGACAAAGCAGAAGCCGUAGAAGCUCAAAUGAAAAAGAAGAAGGCUGAGGCCGCCGCUCGUGUCGCAGGUUCUGUCGGUAUGGUUCAACAAGUUCCAAUGGGAAUGGCCAUGCAGCAAAUGGCAGGACAGGCUCGUGCCCCAGCUCAAGCCUACCCAGCUUAUUCGGCAGCUGGAGGUGUUGCUUAUCAACCACAACAAUACCAGCAAUACCAAUAA